AAAUUUAUAAGUGCUGUUAGAGAACACUGAACAGAGACCAUAUAGACUAAAGAAAAAAAAAAAUACUCAAAGUUGGAUCAUUGAGCUUCUCAUACUGCAAAGACAUGGGAGAAUCAACUUGUCUCAUGCCUACGUUCUCUUAUGCUCCUGGCAUUUCCAAUGAAUCCAAACAGGGGAACCCAAUGCAUGCUCUUGGAGAGAGUGUUUCUUUUGGGAGAUUUGUGACAGAGUCCUUGGCUUGGGAAAAAUGGUCAACCUUCUCACACAACCGCUACGUCGAGGAGGCAGAGAGAUACGCGCAGCCAGGCUCAGUCGCGCAGAAGAAGGCUUUCUUCGAAGCUCACUACAAGAGAAUUGCUGCACAAAAGGCAGCAGCCUUGCUUGAGCAAGCAAAUGCUGCUAAUAACAACGCACCGGAACAAGAAGAGCGUGAAGACACGGUUUGUGAUCAUGUCACUGUCCCCCAAGAUUCUCAUCCGAUGAUUUUGGAUUCCCAAGAAAUUAUUGGUGAACAGCUUCAGGUCGAGGCCCCAAAUGUUGAGGCCAAUUUCAUUGCCAAUGCUAAUGGGCAUAAUUCAAGUGUUACACUAGAUGAACUAGGACAAGAGCGGGAAGUUCAAAUGGAGAAUUUCACCAACAAUGAAUCUUCAUCAAACCAGCUUGAGAAUGCUGAGAAUGACAAUUUGGUUUCUGAAUUGGAGCUUAGUGGACCACGCCAAAUGGAGAAACCUUUGUUAGAGUUGAAUUUGAACUCUGACCAGGAUGUUGCACCAGUGAUGAGCAAGAAGAAAUCAGCACUUUCUUCCCUAAAGUCAUCAGUUUAUCGUAGAGCAUCUAAAAUUCCGAGUUCACCUGCCAAACACAUGGCUUCCAUUCAUCCCCAAAAGGAAAACAAUGUCACUCCAAUCACAGUGGACCCUAAAAUUGCCUCUACGGAUAAGAAGAGAUCAACUCGAAAAUCGCUUCAUUCGUUGAUUAAUUUGACCCCUGCCAGAGAAUCCGAUAAAGCUAGUAGUACCCCGGGGAUACGGAAGAUUGAAAGUUCAAGGGUUGCUUCUAGUUCUUUAAAGGCACCUAACGAUUGUGUGACUCCUCUAAGAACUCCAACCAUGGCACAUGUGAAUGGGGCAACAAAGCACAAUCCUUUAACAACACCUAGUUCAGCAAGUAAGAGGGCUAGAACACAACUUGAUCCCUCAUUCUCACAAAGUAAAACAACUGAACCAAAAUGGCACAUCCUAUCUGCAGUUAGUUCCAAGUCCAUAAGUGCCUGCCGAAACAAAUUACAGUCACCGGCAUUAUCUUCUCCUUUCAAGUUGAGGACAGAGGAAAGAGCUGCGAGAAGAAAACAGAAGCUUGAAGAGAAAUUCAAUGCUAAGGAGGCACAAAAAGUGCAGAUUCAAACAAAAUUCAAGGAGAAAGCAGAAUCAGAAAUUAGAAAAUUGCGUCAAACCUUCUGCUUCAAAGCGCGGCCACUGCCUGACUUUUACAAGGACAAGGAAACGCCAAAGAAUCAGAUAAAGAAGACUCCAUUGACACGGCCUCAGUCACCCAAGCUAGGAAGAAAGCCAAGUUCCAGCACAAUGCAAAGCUCUCUAGCAUGCCGGACGCCUAUGUCCAAUACCAGUGGCUUCAAGAAUGCCUUGAAAAAGAAUAGUCGAAUCCCAACUCUUUCGCUCAAUUCACAGCCUAAAAUGAUUAUUUAUGAGAGCACAUCCCCAGAUAUUCAGCAUUGAUCAGUAAAAACAAGUGUUACUGCAUUUCAGGCUACGACUGAAAAUUGUAGGUGCUGAAAGCUAAAGGCUACGAUGACGGGUAAAUAACAUGGAGGCUGAACUCCAUAGUAGCAUUCCCUUGUGAAAAUCAGAGUGAAUUUAUUGUCCUUGAUCAGUUUUCUUUCAGCAUUAGUUUGUUACUAUUCAGAAGAUUUGGAAAUAUUGUAAAAUUUAUUUGCUUUGUAACUUAACUGAGCAGCAAUUUAUGUAAGCUGAGCAUUCCAGCCUCUAAACUGAA